AUGAGCGAAUCAUCGAACAGUCUAUUUGAUGAUACCCGUUUGGCUUUGCGUUCUCUCGACAGAAGCACGUCAAUAUACAAUCUCUACUGUCGUGUUACUCUUGGUUUGCGAAAUGCCGAUUCUUGGGAUUGUGUCAAUGUGCAUGGAACUACUACGCCUAUUUUUAACACAGAAUUAACCAUGGAAUUAGCUCUAUGUAAGUGCGCAAGUGUUCACUUUCGACGAACUUAA